AUGGAUUCGAAGGGUUGCAAAAUUCAUGCUUCCAUUAGGCGAACCUUGGUUUACCGGUUCCAAAAUCAGAUAUCUGAGGGUCGUGUGUACCAGAUCUCCUCUUUUGGUGUUUGUGAGAAUGGAGAUGUCAUCGGUAUCCUAACUGGGGAGCAAGAGGUUGAAAAACAUGUUCAUGUUCAGGCUGCUUUUUUUGGGAAAUAUGUCGAUGAAAUCGUUGGGCAAUUGGCGUCUGGGGACAUGACUAAAGUUGUUGUUGUCCAAUUUGCAAAGAUAAAACCUUCCAAAGGAAAGCCUAGCAUUCAAAAUUUUUAUGGGGUAACUAAGAUUCUCUUUAAUCCUGCUAUCGAUGGCCCUUCUGCUCAAGUCCUGACUCAGCUUCAUGAUUCCAACAGAAGAUUUUCUAAGAAAUCUGUUUGCGUUGUUCUUUCCACUGUUAACUUCAUUCCUGACGACAACAGUUGGUACUAUCCUGCUUGCAAGUGUAACAAAAAGGUGUACCCAGCCGAAGACAUGUACUUUUGUGAAGCAUGUGUUCUCCAUGUUGUUACUGCAAUUCUUAAGUACAAAAUUCAUCUCAGGGUUAUGGAUGCAAAUGAUUCUACUCCAUUUGUUGUUUUUUAUCAAGAAGCCAAUAAUCUUCUGAAUAAACCAUGUGCUGAUUUGGUUGAGAAAUGCCAUAAGGACCCAAACGAUUACCAGGUGUCGUCUGAGAUUUUGAAUUCGAUUGAGAAGACCUUCUUAUUCAAAGUUGAUGUUGAUAACAGUUCCAAUACAUGGUUUGAGCCAUCCUAUAAGGUGAAGAGAAUCUGUUCAGAUCGUGAGGUGAUUUCCCAAUUUAAGAUUGCAAAUCCCCAGUUAGAAGGUUCCCCUCCUUACAUGCUUUUGACAACUCCUAGCUCUGGUGGAAUGGUUGAAGGAUCGUCAUCAAGUUUUGCUAAGGACCUUAAUGACGAAUUUAAUGUUGCUGGUGACCCGCAUGGGCUUACUUCCCCCAAUUCAUCUGUUGUUGAUCUAAGUAAAGAUAGCCAGGAAGGCUUUAUUUCCUUGGAUAAGGAUGUUGGAUUUGAUGGUGAUAUCAAAGCUGCACUCACUAUCAAUGGGAACUCUCAGGACCCCCGUCAUGUUGAGAAUAAUGACUCUCCUCCUUUUAAACGUCAUACCCUAUUGAUGCGGAAGUCAUUGCAAAUGCUAUUGACAGCAAGAAGCCACUGA